UGUAUUUUUGGUGCAUUCAGGCCCUGUCUGUGACCUGGAUGGAGAACCAGCUCUGGUCCAACCCACAGAGGUUCAUCAGAACCAGGAUUCUGGGAUGAAGGAGAAGGAGAGGUUUCUGGGGCUGAAGGACAGUGUGAAGGAGAAGCCGGAGGACAUUCUAAAGAAACUGGAGCACAGUGUGAAAGAGAAACUGGAGCCCAGUGUGAAGAAGCUGGAGGACAAUGUGAAGAAAAAGAAGCUCAAAUAUUGUGUGCAGGAGAAUAAGGUGCACAGACUGAAUGAGCUGAGGGAUAGUUUGAAGAACGUGGAGGAUAGGUUAAAGAACCUGAAAGAUAGUACGAAGAACCAGGAGGACCGUGCGAAGGAGAAGCUAAAGGACAGUGUGAAGAAGAAGCUGGUGCACAAUUUCAAGUGGAUAGAGGAAAAUGUGAAUGUGCUGAAGCACUGUUUAAAAGAGGAUUUGAAGUUGAUGGAGGACAGUCUGGAGGAGGGGAAUGAGAGUAUGAUGAUGAUGGACAACAUUAUGAUAGAGAAGCUGGGGAAGUUUCAGGACAGUGUGGAGGAUAAAAAGAAGGACCUAUAUAAGGAGGAGAUGGAGCUACUUGUUGUUCUACUCAAGGGCUGUGAAGUAAAAAUAAACGUAUGUGAGAUACACAUCUGA